AUACAGACAUACAGACAGACUGAGAGAGAGAGAGAGAGACAGACUGAAGAGGAACUCUGCUGGAUCUGGUUCUGAGGUUCUGCUUGGAGUUCUGGAUCAUGGUGGAACCAACGUGUAAACCAGCUGCUGUUCUCCUGCUGUUCCUCCUGCACAGCUGCCUGUCAGAGCACGUUUUCCUCAGCAGUCAGCGGGCCUCGCAGGUGUUGGUCAGGAGCCGUCGGGCCAAUCAGCUGUUUGAGGAGGUGAAACCAGGGAAUCUGGAGAGAGAGUGUGUCGAGGAAAUCUGUGACCACGAAGAAGCCAGAGAGGUGUUCGAACAGACGGACAAAACAGAAAAAUUCUGGACGAAAUACCUCGACUGUGAAGGAACUCAGAAGAUAAGAACAAAACAGGACAUCAACAUUGUCAGACAAUGUAUGAAGGUCAGUGUUAUUUCGGUAACAGGAGUGAACUAUGGAAGGAACAUCAACAUCACAGGAAUCAGGCCGACAGUGUCAGAACUGGAAAUCACAUGUUUCCCACAUCCCAUAAUAAGGGAAUUUAUGCUUAAACGGGAACAGACCAACAUGCACAAGAAUUCUGUCAACCCCGACAACCGUUCGAGUGGACCUGGUGUUUCCCAAAGACCCAACAUCCGAGAGCUGCGAUCGCCCGGUCAAGACUUUGUCGCGCCCACUUUGGCCCCUGAACCAACCAAAUCUGGCGUCUGUUUACCAAACUAUGGCGUAGACUACAUCGGGGAGCUGGCCGCUACCCUCGGAGGCCACACCUGCCUGCAGUGGUCGCACCCGGAGGCGAAGGCCCUCAGCCUCGACAAGGAGUUCAUCCCCGAGGUCAGUCUGGACGGCAACAAGUGCCGUAACCCCGACAGUGACCCCGAGGGCCCCUGGUGCUACGUGGAGGUUGCUGGAAACGUGACGGUGGACUACUGUGACCUCGAGCUGUGUGAGGACCCGUUGCUCGGUGAGGAGACGACGUCAGAGACAGAAGGCAGGGAGCGAUCCGUGGUGGGGCCCAAAAAGAAAAUAUUUUUCUCUCCUCGUACCUUCGGAGAAGGAGAGAGCGAGUGCGGAGUGCGCCCCCUGUUUGAGAAGAUGAACAGAGCGGACACCAAGGAGGCGGAGCUGUUGGAAUCGUACAGAGACAAACGCAUCGUCGGGGGCGAUGAUGCGGAGGUGGCCUCGGCACCAUGGCAGGUGAUGCUGUACAAACGCAGCCCACAGGAGCUGCUGUGUGGAGCCAGUCUGAUCAGUGAUCAAUGGAUCCUCACUGCGGCUCACUGCAUCCUCUACCCGCCCUGGAACAAGAACUUCACCAGCAACGACAUACUGGUCCGCCUGGGCAAACACAACAGGGCCAAGUUCGAGCGCGCCACCGAGAAGAUCGUAGCGAUCGACGAUAUCAUCGUCCACCCGAAGUACAACUGGAAGGAAAAUCUGAACCGCGACAUCGCUCUGCUGCACCUGAGACGGCCGGUCACCUUCACCGAUCAGAUCCACCCCGUCUGCCUGCCCACCAAGAAGGUCGCCAUGACGCUGAUGAGCGAAGGCUUUAAGGGCCGUGUUACCGGUUGGGGGAACCUGAAGGAGACCUGGAACCCAUCAGCGAGAAAUUUACCCACAGUCCUUCAGCAGAUCCAGCUGCCAAUCGUGGAUCAGGACAUCUGCCGCAGCUCCACAUCAGUCCGGAUCACAGACAACAUGUUCUGUGCUGGUUUUAAACCAGAAGAUGCCAAACGUGGAGACGCCUGUGAGGGAGACAGCGGUGGACCGUUUGUGAUGAAGUACCCGGUGGAGAACCGCUGGUACCAGAUGGGCAUCGUGUCGUGGGGCGAAGGCUGCGACCGGGACGGAAAGUACGGCUUCUACACUCACCUGUUCAGGAUGACCAGGUGGAUGAGGAAGGUUAUCGACAAGGCGGGAAAUGACGACGACGACUAGCUGCGUUUCCUGUUCGGCCCGUCGCGGCGAGAUGAUGCUAAUAAAGUCUGUUCACAUCC